CAAGCUCCUCCUGGGCACUGGGUUAAAAAAAACACAGGCUGAUGAAGCUUGGGAAUCAUGAAAUCAGGAUUUGAUUAAGUGUGUCUGAAGGCAGCCCUGCAGUGCAGUACGUGUGUGUGAGAGAGAGAGAGAGAGAGAGAAAGCAGCAGCAGCAGUUCUGCCAGCAGAGAAGGCCAUACAAUCACCAGCGAAGGGGGGAGGAGGAGGAUGCCUCACCGUUAAAGGACCAGAGUGCCUCAUCCUGGGUCAUUGGAAUAAAGCACAAAACUGUCAGCCUCUCUCCCUGGAAUAUUGCCCAGAGUUCCAGGGAAGAUAUAAUGAUUGCAGGUGAGCAGCCUCCAACAUGAGAGUGGCUGGAUGCGACAAUGUCGUAGGAGCCUUCCUACUUCUGCAGCUGGAGACCUACGUCCGCUCAGAAAAUGUGGAGCCAUUUCCUCUUCUCAAUGGGCGCCCUCGGCCCGUGGUCUCCCUGGAGGAGAACGUCUCAAAGGAGUUUACCUGCAGGAUGGAUGGCUGGAAAUCGGUGCCCGUGGUCACCUGGUACCUGAACGGUAAAAAGCAGAUGAGUAACCAGACAAUGCUGAUCCCCAGCUCCAGUGAGACUGUUAACCAGAGCUUCAGCUCCUUUGUGAUCACCACCCACAGGAAGGACAAGGAACUCAACUGCUCAGCGACUGACCCAGUCACCGGAAGAACCGAGAAUGCCAGUGUCAUCCUCAAUGUGCAGUUUAAACCCGAAGUUGUGCAGAUGGAUGCUGAGUACAGGGAACACAAUGACUCUGGUCUGUUCCUCGCCCUUUUUGUCUUGGUUCAUGCGAACCCUCCAGCCACCAUUACCUGGGUGGACGAGAGUGGACACGUCAUCGUGAACACCUCCCACUUCAUGAUCCUGGACACUAAGACGUACCCAUGGCUAACCAAUCACACGGUCCAUGUGCAGUUAUCCAGCCUGGCCAAAAACUACACCUUCACCGCUGGCAAUGAGUUUGGUGCAACAAAAUCCUCCUUUUCUUUCCCAGGUUUCCUCCAUUCACGUGUUGAAGUGCCUGUUUUAGUUAUCAUUCUCGCAGGAGUUGUCGGGCUCCUCAGUAUCCUGCUCCUCAAUGUUGUUGUGCUGUGUGCUGUAUAUCGGAGGAAGAAGGGACAAGCAGAUGUAAAACCUGACUGUGACUCAGCUGUUCACAGUGAAUCCACAAAUGUUAAAUGUGAUGAAGCAGAGAUACCGAGAGAAACCAUUUCACUUCAGUCAAAUCUGCGGCUGAAUCCAGACUUGAAUAACCUGAGCCAAUCUCCUGCAGAGCCCCAUCAAGGAUCGAGACCGCUGUCUGAAAGCCAUGCGGCGUGUGAAGAUCUCUCCGAUCAGGAGAACAUCUCAGCCGCAGACUCUAGAGGAUUUGUUCGUUUCCCGAUGUACGGAUAUAUCUACAAAGUCUCUAGUAUGAGCAGUGAUGAAAUCUGGCUUUAAGCAUGGCCUUCCCCAAUGUGUCAUGAACAUUGGGGCUUCCAGACCACGAGGACUAUGAUCUGCUUCACCUGAAAGAGCCCUCAGUGUCCCAGCCAUCGCCAUCCACCCCCUGGAGCUGCUGCUGGUGCCUUGUGCAACUUAAUGAUUGUUUACAGCAAGGUGGACCCCCCCUAACACACAGUUAAUCCAGUCCGGUCAUUCACUAAAGCAAUGAGAGACCAGUUGGGCUAAACUAUUUUUCUGUCUGUUUUGGGGAACCAUUUUGAAUUGUAUCACUCAGAAAGAGGCCAUUUCCAGCACAUGACUUAAUCCUGACAAAAAAUCAUUUAAAAUUUAAAUUUCAAAGCUGUCACAAGCUGAAAGGCCACGUUUGUUUGUUGCUUUUUUAACCGCUAUCUUUUAACAAAUUGCCCUGACAUAGCACCUCUGACGUAGUAAUAUUUACGCCACACAAGUGCCAGACAAUGGCCAUUUCCAAUGAGACAAACUGGGACAGCAUUGUGGCUCAGUGGUUAGCACUUCUGUCUCACAGCAUUAGUGACCCAGGUUCAGUUCCAGCCUUGGGU